GAGGCUGGGGCUUGUAGUACCUAUAAUAAAAUACAUAUGUGGCAGAUUGUAGCAGACGUAGAUUAAAUUAUGCGAAAAUUUGCAUGACUCCAGACCCAAAUAACUAAUGAAUGGUUUCAUUUAGGCAAUAAUCAAAUGAACAAAGUAAUAUCAACAAUUAAAGCAUCAUUUUAUGCAAAAGUUACCCAAAGUUCUACACUUACUUCAACUAAGAAAUAAACACAGCAGAAAUGAUGCUGUGUUGAGUACAUAGUUAUCAGAGAUCUCCAUUCCAAUCUUAGUAACAAUUAGUGUAGAUCUGAAGAUAAUUCCACUCACCUGAUCAAUAAAAGCGGUUGCUAUCAUAACGGCAUAUAGUGUUCGAGAGGAGGCAAUCUCGAAAACUGCCCUCCAAACAUGACCCGAGAACUACAGAAAAAACCAAAAGUGAAACUAAACGUCAACACUGAUGCCGAAAAAAAUGAAAAAGCAAAUUUAGACCCUCCCGAGGAUAAAUUCUACAUUAUUUACGUGCUAUUUUUCCUUCUGGGUUUAGUUCAAAUUUUACCAUGGACUUUCUUCAAUAACGCCAAUGGAUUUUGGAUGUACAAAUUUCGAAAUACAACCAUCAACGAGACUGACUCCGAAUUUAGAACGGAUCUGCAAGCCCAGUUCAAUGCUGCGAUAAUGAUAACACUCCAAGUGUCUCAAGUCGCAUUUCUGAUCAUUGGAUUACUUUUCGGUAGAUUUAUUAAAGUUAGAGUGAGAUUUAUUGGAAUCUUGGCUAUUAUCGUACUUCUCUUUAUCAUUCUAACAGCCUUCGUUAAGAUCGACACUGAUUCUUGGCAAGAAGGGUUCUUUGCGAUGGUGUUGGCAAUCACCUUCACCAUAAAUUCCCUGAAUUCAGUCUUCACCAUCACCAUAUACACAGCAAUAUCCAAUUUCCCUCAUCACUAUUUAGCCCCUUACCUCGCCGGGUGUGGAAUAUCCACGACUUUCACCGCCCUUCUUCAGCUUCUUUCACUAGCAACAGGACUUUCAGUUGAGGAUAGUGCUCUAGUGUACUUCCUUUUGGGUGCUUUUGUAGUCGGUUUCACCUUAACUUUCGUUGCAAUUACAACAGGUCGUAAUCAGUUUUAUUUGUACUACAUGAAGAACUACACAACGGACCAAGAAGAAAAGCGCGUUGGUUUCAGAGAGGGAGUUCGCCUGUUUAAAAAGGUGUGGUCUUGUAUUGCUAUGAUGGGUCUGUUCAUGUUUACGACAAACAUGUCACCCACUACUUUGGUGGUUUCGGAAGGAGAAGGAAAUGGUCCUUGGAAUGAUAAAUAUUUUGUUCCUACGAUUACUUUCUUGCUUUAUGCUCUCUGUGAUUUACUUGGACGGACUCUGUCGUUUCGAUUUGCUCCUAAGAAUUUACCCGGCUUCGGAUGGGUAUUCGUCGCUUUUGUCAGAGCGGUAGUGAUAUUUCCACUGUUAAUGUUGUGUAAUCUUCAACCUCGACACAAUCUCCCGGUACUGUUACCUCAUGAUUAUCAGUAUAUCCUUAUUAUGAUAGCAGGAGCUACCUCUGGUGGAUACAUAGUCAGUCGUUCUACUUAUAACAUCGCAAGUUUGGUUAAACCUGAAGAACUGAAAGAUGCUUAUCAUGUACAAAUGUUGUGCAUAGGAGUGGAAAUAGGUAUACUAUCUUUUCUGACUAUAGUGUCUGUUGACAUAUUGUAAAACUGACGUCCACCAAUUUUUUUUCGACAAGAUGAAAUAAUCGAAAAAAGAUGAAAAUAACAGA